UACAUGUCCCUUACAUACACACCCACCCAUUCUCUAUCCAUUAAUUUUCUUUCUUUGCGUUUUUUCUUUUGUUUCCAGAGAGAAAGAGAGAAGAGAGAAGAGAGAAGCAGAGAACGUUGUGGGAUAAUCAGCUCUGUUUCCAAGGAUCUGUGUGUGUUUGUCUCUAAAUUUUAUUGGUUGAACUUGAGAAGAUAGUUCAGAAGAUCUUGUUAUUAUAAUUCAAAGUUGGAUUUGGUCGUAGUGAGUGAUUAAAGAUGGGUUACAUGUGUGACUUUUGCGGUGAACAAAGAUCAAUGGUGUACUGUCGGUCCGAUGCAGCGUGUCUCUGCCUCUCCUGUGACAGGAGUAUUCAUUCAGCUAAUGCAUUGUCCAAAAGACAUUCUAGGACGCUUGUCUGUGAGAGAUGCAAUGCGCAGCCUGCUACAGUCAGGUGUGUUGAAGAAAGGGUUUCACUCUGUCAAAACUGUGACUGGUCUGGCCACAACAACAACAACAAUUCUUCGACAAAUCAUCAUAAGAGACAAACCAUAAGCUGCUAUUCUGGUUGCCCUUCAAGCUCGGAGCUUGCCUCUAUCUGGUCUUUCUGUUCAGAUUUAGCUGGACAAUCUGUUUGUGAACAAGAAAUGGGUAUGAUGAAUAUAGACGAUGAUGGUCAGACCAACCAAAACUGCAAUGAGGAUAAGAAAGAUGUCGUCGUUGGCUCCUCUUCAAAGCCUGAAACAAGUUUCGCAGCACAUGCAAACUCAUCAUUUGUUAAGGAUGUUGGAGUGUGUGAAGACGACUUUUAUGAUAACUUGGGUAUGGAUGAAGUUGACUUGGCACUUGAGAACUAUGAAGAGCUCUUUGGGACAGCGUUUAACACCUCAGGACAGCUCUUUGGACAAUGUGGAAUCGAUAGUCUUUUCCAGAAACAUAAUCAAGCAGCUCCUGAGGGAGGGAACUCAGUGCAGCCAGCUGAGAGCAAUGACUCAUUCAUGAGUUCUAAAACAGAGCCAAUAAUUUGCUACACAUCGAAGCCAGCACAUUCCAAC